UCAAGGAUCAGCCAAGGAUUUCUAUUUACGCGACGCAACGCGUUCAAUUGGACCGAGUUGAUCCGACCAUACGAAGGAGUUGAAAACAAAUGCAAAAACACACGUUUCCCGAGUUUCCCCUUGUUUAGAAUGAAUUGAUUUUUGUGGCACACAACGAUACCGGUCGACUCUAGUUGGAAAAACAAACACCAGACGUUGCCCGUGGCAGCAGGCAAAGAGCAACAAGUCUUACCUCACAAUUCGAAACGAUUUUCAUUUAAUCUGACUUGGUAUUUUCUUUUGAAAACUUCUGAAAAUAUCUCGGUUGAAAAAUGCUUGGGCAGAGGCUAUUUAUGCGGGCAGUACACACAUCCCGGCUCCUGUACGCCGGGCCCAGUGCCGGAUCGGGUCUGGAGAAGAGUGCUCUGGCUGCUCUGAGGAAGAAGACUGGAUACACUUUUGCCAACUGCAAAAAGGCCCUGGAGCUUCACAGCAACGAUGUCAGUCUGGCGGAGAAAUGGCUGAAUGAUCAGGCGCAGUCGAUGGGUUGGACAAAGGCCACCAAAGUGGCGGAUCGGGCUACAGCCCACGGACUAAUCGGCAUUCUGAUCAAAGGAAGCCGCGCAGCCAUGGUGGAGCUUAACUGCGAGACCGAUUUCGUGGCCAGGAACGACACAUUCAAGCGGUUUGUGGAUCACGUUGCGAAGAUUUGUCUGCACUACACCGACCAGACAGAAUUCGAUGGAGAUCUGUGGAAGCUUGGUUUUGACGAAGAUGCCUUGAGGCACCUUCGCACCGAUGAAGGACGCACCCUGGGCGACCAUUUGGCCCUCUUGAUCGGAGCUUUGGGGGAGAACGCCACCAUCCGGCGAGCGUUGUGCUUCAAAGUCAACAACGACUUGAAGUUGGUCGGCUACGCGCAUCCCGCGCCCACGAAUGUUGGAUCCACCGAAGGCAUCACGCAGGUGGGCAGGUACGGAGCCGUCAUAGCCUACCGAUCCACACACAAGCUGCUGGACUUUGAGUUCCACAAGAGCGUCUGCCAGCAGAUCGUGGGCAUGAACCCCAAGAAGAUUGGCGAAUACGACAAGGACAAGCCGAAUGAGAACAAGGACGAAGAAACAUGCCUUAUCCACCAGGAGUAUCUCCUGGACGCCGACAAGACGAUGGGUGAGGCCCUGAAGGACCACGACUGCGAGAUCGUCGACUUUCAUCGCUUCGAGUGCGGCCAGCCGUUGCCAGGAGGAGUAAAAGAGCACAUCCAGUCGCAGAGCAGCAACUAACUAUAGUCUAGUCACUAGCCAACUGAAUUGUUACAAACACCAACCGAAUAUUGUUAACCCCCCGCUUCUGAGCUCAGUUAUGGUCAAAAUUUGCAUGUAAAACCAUUUACCAGUACAAGUACACACCAAGUGAUGAUCAGA